AUGGCCGAGCUCCUUUGCAACCCUGACAAGAUGGCCAUCGCUAAGAUGGAGCUCUCAAGGACUCUCGGUGAUCCACAACACAUUGCGGAAGAGUCAGACAUAUCUCGACUCCCUUACUUACAGGCUGUGGUGAAGAAGACAUGGCGGCUCCAUGCCCCCGUACCGCUUCUCAUCCCCCAUAGGGCUGAUACGACUGUAAAUGUGGCCUGAUACAUAGUGCCGGAACAUGCACAAGUGCUGAUCAACUAUUGGGCCAUUGGAAGAGACCCUAAAGUGUGGGGCAAUCCGACAACCUUCUUGCCGGAAAGAUUCUUGGCUUCUAACGUGGAUUACAAGGGCAAGGAUUUCCAAUUUAUUCCGUUUGGGGUGGGGCGGAGGAUAUGCCCUGGCCUUCCUCUUGGUGUUCACAUGGUCCACUUGAUGCUUGUGUCUUUGUUGCAUUAUUUCGAUUGGGAGCUUCCUGAUGGAUUGAAAGCAGAGGAGAUGGAUAUGAGGGAUAAGUUUGGGGUCACCUUGCAAAAAUUGGUUCGACUUCGACUAAUCCCUCGUCAAGGCUCGUGA